AGCCCAGUGCUGUGCACCAGAUAAACAACCCCCAGUACAUACUUAUAAUCAGCUGACCCAGUCAUGUGACUUACAAGUAACCGAGAGCUGUGUUUUGCAAGCUGAUCCGACAGAGCUGGACUUAUCUCUGCACCAUAUUGGAACGUCCUGGGAUGAGAAUGUCCGAGUGGCAGAAGACGCGUAUAAGCUCUAGCUGGUUGGGCUACAUGGUCAUCUGCUUACAGAGCAUCGUCUGCUCCCUCCUCGUGUACGCCUUGAUUAUCGGAGGUGGAGACAUUGUGGUCGCCGGCUGCAAGAAGAUCGGCUUCUACAACUUCUCCUUGUACAAUAAAACUCUGGACGGUUGUUACUUUAUAACCCAGCUGGAGGAUCUGCCCUCGGCGGGAGAAACCACGCGUCGUGGUCUGGUCCUGGCCAUCAUCCUAACCUACUCUUCGCUGGUCACCGUUAUCAUGGGGGUCCUGACGGCGAUGUGCGCUCAGUGUUUCCAGGACGGCGUCCUGUGGAAGUUUGCGUUGGUGCUAAACGUCCUCAGCCUGGCAGGACUGUGUCUCGGGAUGACCACUUACCUCUUCUUUACCUGGGACCUAUUUGACAUCUCCCAAGUGACACCAGGCUUCCUGGCUCUGCUGCUGGCCGCCGGUGGACUGUCUCUUCUGUGUUGUAUGAUGAGUCAUUACACACGCCUCACCUGUACCAGGGCUACGUCCGAGAGCCGCAACGCUGACGACGAACUUUUGUUCUUUAAAGUUUAAUUAUUCCACUGUAACAUUUGCACGCUAAAUAACUUUGCACAUAUAUAGAGGGAGAUGCAUCAAACCUUGGAGAGAGAUAAAGUGGAGAAGACGAAGGUGCAGGAUCACGUGCCGCACUGUAGCGGAUUGUGUUCUAUAGAUCGUUAUUGUCUUUUCUUUUGAAGAUUUUGGACAAGUAUUUCCAUAUAACGAUGGGAAGGAAGCAUUACGGUAUUAUACCUUAUGGAAUAUGCACCUUGUCAGCUGGAGAUUGCUGUUCUGGGCUUAUUAAUUAUUUAUAAGAUUUUAUAUUUUUGUUGGUCUAUAUGAAUUACUUAAAAUAAAGGAGUUCGUAAUAAUA